AUGUCAUCCUCAUCAGUAUUUACGAAGAUUCUUAAUUUCGUUAUAUCUUAUUCCGGCUACAGUGGAUACAUCAUAUUUAUAUUAGGUGUGAUUGGUAAUGCAAUAAACAUUCUUGUUUUUACUCAAUUAAAAAUCUUUCGAAACAAUCGCUGUGUUUACUACUUAACUGUUGAAUCAAUUUCAAGUUUUCUUUAUCAAUUUAUUUCAAUCAGUAUAACUAUUUCAACAUUUAUAUAUGAAGAUGAUGCUACAGGACAUUCUCUCAUUUGGUGUCGAUUUCGAUAUAUGUCAGCCCAAGCACUUGUACUUACUACACUCUAUACAAUAUGUUUUGCUGCUAUGGAUCAAUUCUUUUCAACAAAUUACCGGUUUUAUCUAAGUCAAAUGUGUACAAUAAAAGUAGCUCAAUAUGUUAUCUAUAUAUCUGUUAGUAUUUGGAUUAUUCAUAGUAUUAUAUUUGGAUUAUUUUUCAAUAUUGAACCAUCGAUUGGAUGUGUCAUAUCAAAUCCUAUAUUUCUUCAAUAUGCAACAUUUUUCUUUUAUCCAGUUUUGGGUGGUUUCCUACCUAUUGUAAUCGCAGCAAUUUUUAGUUUAUUGGCUUAUCGUAAUGUUCGUCGUAUAGUUCGUCGACAAUUACCUGUUAUUCGUCGUCGAUUAGAUCGACAAAUGACAGCAAUGGUUCUUAUGCGUGCAUUAUUUUUCAUUUGUUUGCAAUGUCCCAAUAAUAUUUAUCGUAUUUACAUUACUAAUUUUCCUAAUAUAAAAAGUGAAAAUAUAGAAUAUGUUAUUGUACGAUUAAUUCAAGCAAUCGUAUUUUCUUUAGCUAUUCUAAACUAUUCGAUCAGCUUCUAUGUUUUUAUCAUUUCAUCUUCACGUUUUCGCCGUCAAGUAAAAUAUGUAUUAGUAAAAAAAUGUUGGAAACGAUGCAAAUGUACUGGAAUAUCUAGUCCUAUUGAACCAUUUACAACUUAUAAACAUUCUACUGAAUUACAAAAAAAUAUAGCUGAUCUCUGGUGGACAGUUGAUGAUGCUGAAAAAGAAAUAACAUUUGAAUAUCAUGUUAAGAGUACAGGAUGGAUUGCUCUUGGUAUUAGUCCAUCUGGCGGUAUGAAAGGUGCUGAUAUCGCUGUUGGAUGGGUAGAAACUUCUGGUAAAGUUUAUCUUCAAGAUCGAUAUGCAGUAGGCAAUACAAGACCAAUACUUGAUAAUACAACUCAAGAUUGGUUCGUUCUUCAAGGUCGUGAAAAAGAUGGGUGGACAGCUAUUCGUUUCAAACGUCUAUUAGAUACUUGUGAUUCUAUGGAUGUUCCAAUAAAAUCUGGUACUAAUAUUCUCAUAUACGCUUAUGGACUUGUUGAUCUUGAUUCUAACCGAUCAGAAAUAGAUAUUACCUAUCACGAUACUCGACGAAAUACUCGAAUAAUACCACUUCGUUCUUAUGCUGAUCCACCUUCAGAUGAUAAAUUCAAUGGACUUGAUACAUUUGAAUUUCGUUUAAAUAAUUAUCUUGUACCAUCAACUGAUACUACUUAUCAUUGUAAAAUAUACAAAGCUCCAAAUAAAUAUCCUGUGAAACGUCAUGCAAUUGCUCAUAAAAUAUUAAUCGAUUCACAAAAUACCGAUCUUGUUCAUCAUUUGGAUUUGUAUGAAUGUGAUCCUAUGGCUAUAUUCAGUGACGAGAAACUACCUGACGAUUUAUGUGAUAACAUAUAUGAUGAAAUUAAAUUAUGUUCAUCGAAUUUUGCUACUGUCUGGGCUGUUGGUGGUGAUGUUAUGAGAGAAUUUCCUGAAGAAGCUGGUUAUGCUGUUGGAGGAGAUUAUGAGACAAAAUAUUAUAUGAUUCAAAUGCAUUAUGAUAAUCCACGAUUAAAUUCAAAUCGUCGAGAUAAUUCAGGAAUUCGAUUUUAUCUUGGUAAUGAACUUCGAAAGCAUGAUUUAGGUUUUUUAACACUUGGUAUUCGUGCAGAUCCAUUUGGUCUUGCUAUACCGCCAAGAGUUGAUCGUUUUAUAAUUGAUUCUUAUUGUCCUUCAGAAGCUUCUCGUAACUUUCCUAAAUCGGGUAUUAAUGUUAUUUUUGCUUUACCACAUACACAUCUUCAAGGAGCGAGUGUAUGGACAAAAUUAAUUCGAAAUAAUACAGCGAUUCAGUAUUUAUUUAAUGCUGAAACAUAUGAUUUUAAUUAUCAAUUUCAAAAUCAUUUACCGAAACCAAUCAAACUCUAUCCAGGGGAUUCAUUUGCUACUCGAUGUAUUUAUAAUACAAUGAAUAAAAAUGUAUCUACUGUAGGUGGUGAACGAACAAGGGAUGAAAUGUGUCUUCAUAUGUUUACUUAUUAUCCUCAAUGGUUUCUAGCUAAAACAUGGACAUCUGAAUCAAAAAUUCAAUGGCAAAAUUUUUAUAACAAAGCAGCUAGAAAUGUUCUUUAUGGUAGAUCAGGACAUUUUCGAAUCGAUAGUCUUCCUGUUUUACCAACAUAUGAAGAUCUUAAACCUGAAGGUUGUAAUCUCUAA